AUGGGGCGCAACUUUCCUGAGCUGCUAGUCAAGGACUUGAAGAACUCGACAUCACUUUUCACCUCCAGGAAUAUGGCAGCAGGCUCUCCAGAACCAACCCUGCUUACUGAGGACCCGGAGAUACACGACGACUGCCCCGAUAUGGCAAGAUCAGAUAGGCCUCCGUCUUGCUACCAGCUGCCUAAACUUAAAAGAUUAUCUGCCGUGGUCCCUAAUCUUGACCCGGCGACUUGGCUAUUUGAACAGGAUAUAGAACCCACGUCAUCCUCAAGCAGUGAUUCUUCCAGAUCCUCAUUUGAGAUGGAAUCAAUUCCCACACGGCCCCGCCAAGGGUCUUUAAUAACGAACGGUACGAUCACCUCCGACAGGCCGUGUGUAAACAAAGCAGACACGUCAAAAAGCUUGGUGAAUCAUGACCGCCAGCGCCAAAAGAGCUGGGUAGAUCUGGACCCCGACUCGACCGACACCGACACGGGCAAAUCAUCUUUUGAAACGAAACUCUCUGGUGGAAGCGUCUCUCGGAAUGCCACAAAAUUCCAAAAGUCACCAUCGCUUAGCGGGCAAGGACAAGGCACGCGACGCUUUUUUGCCCUUCAGCAGACCCGGUCUACAGAGAAGCGUGAUGAGGAGCAGUCCAACCCAAAGAAAAAUACGAUCGAAAGGCAAUCGAGUGACAAAAAGACAUCAAGUUCUGUCAGCAGCGGGGCUGAGGACGUCCCAGCAGGGAAAGGUAGUUUGCUCUCGACUAGGAGGGCAAAUAUAGUCCGCACCUUGUCACAUAUAGACACAAGCCUAGGCUCGCCCAAUAACAAUAAUAUGGAGUUCUCAUCACCAGUCUGGCGUCCACCGCAAGAUUCGCAACAAGGACCGCCCAUCCCGCUCCCACCAGACGUUCUCGAGACGCUUUCGGUGUGUACAUCUUCUUUCCCUGAGACGAUGUUGCUAUGCUCCAGCCUUUCUGUCGAGACCAUCAGGACCUACUCGCGGAAAGUCAAGCGACCUGACUCUCCAGAAAACAGCGAGACUCGCAAGCUGCUCCUUGAUGGUUCCGCCCCCACUCACCCAACCCUCCCGCCAACGCCACCACAAUCAGCGGGCUUCUCCCGUUGGCGUUUUUCUAGCAUGUUGUCGCCGAUGAAGUCAACAGCCUCAUUCAUGACGUCUAGCAGCGGCAACAACAACAACAACAACCACGGUGAACAGCCACGAUACUCGUCCGAAAGCACCCCAUCACGUAGCGUCAGGCGCUCAUCCAAAACCCAAGCUGGCCGUGGUAGCCUCGCACUAGCGCACCCGGACUUUGCACGCUUCAAGUGCAUAUUUCCCGGCGUGGCAGAUUAUCUCUGCGACGCGCUAUACGCACACAUUGUUGUAUACAACUACAUAGUCCUGUUCUGCGGCCCGGCCAGCUUUUCUACCAAGUCAUCCCGGACCGCCAGCCCACGCUCAGCGACGACGGCCAAUUUCCCCCCGGAUUCGGCACCACGAGUUCAAAGCAGCAGCAGAAGCAGCACUACCUCGAACACCACUGCUACCACGAACACCACCACCACCACCAAUAACCCUCCAAACAACAAGCAGAAUCACAAGGUUCCAAAAAAGGCCGCCCACGUUCUCGGCAUCGCUCGACCAGUCACAACAGUACUUUCAUCCUCACGAGCCACAGACGCCUUCCACGCUCACCUGGCUGAAGCGACGCGAGCAUCCCUGGUACGUGUUAGCGCCACGGACCUGGAGAUUGUCGACGUAGUACCGAAAAAGAGGAGCGGCAGUAACAGCAGCAGCGCUACGCAAUCCCCGCGAAUUGUUCCUCGCAAGCAGUCCCGCAGCGAAGAUGACGGCGCCUCCGAACAGGACGACAAUGCGUCACUACGCGUCCUCAGGGAUGCUCUAGGGUCGUGCAUCGUUCGUCUCAUCAGGACCAUGAUGCUCAUGUCCUCCUCCCCUUCGUCUUCCUCUUGUUGUCCCAAAGACGACGAGAUUGAUAUUGCGCCAGAGGGUGGCAGGGCCGGUGCGACGGACCCCGUCGACUCGUUGCUCGUGCGGACGCUUUGCGAGAUGGUCAAGUGCUGUGAGGAUGUGGACUAA